UACAAUGUAAAUUCAAUGUAAAGACAACGCCAUCUUGCUGAUUUUCCCUGUAAGUUUAACCCAAAUUUCCUAUUUGCUAUUUGACUUUUGUAAUGAUAAUGUAACUGGUAAAUGUAAAUUAAGGUAGGAUCACCACAGAAAGCCUGAAUUUGAAGAAGAAAGGAAUAAACAAGUGAAAUGAACAACAUGAAGAAGCAACAGAUUGGAAACAAUCAAGACUGUUGGAUGAGUAGCUGCAACGCAAAUUUAUGGGUUUAACCUUUGACUAACAAUGAGUAAAAGUAUUGAUAGCUAAGACAUUUUUGUUGCUCAGGAUAGGAUAAGGGAGGGAAAGAGAGAUGAUGGUGCAUAGGUCAGUUACCUUGCGACGAAAGAGAUUAGAAUAUUUGAUCGUGUUGCUGUUGAUUUUGUGUUUGUUUGCACCCAAAAAAUCGUAACUUCAAAGUGAAACAAUUUCAACGAGUUGUUAACUGGAUUACAUGUGUUUUUGUUGAUCCAUCAAAUUGGUGUUUUACAUUUUGUUGAGCAAGUCUGACUCACGGUUUUAUCGGUUUGGAAAAAAUCAUCAUCUAUAUUGUUGCAAUUAUUAUUGACACCCUUCAAAUUAUCAUCACAAUUAUUCAUCACUAAACAUAGGUCAACUUUGAUAAACAAUGUUAUCAAAUAGAUACAUUGGUUUGUUUAAUAAACAAUUUUUAAUUGUUAAAAUUUGUCUUUACCUUGUGCUUUUCAACCUUCCCAUUCAACCAAUCAGCUGUCAAUCUAAUCAAGGCUAUUUCACUCAGUAUUCUAAAGGUACACCAACCAAGGAAUUGAUAUGGUGUACAAUAAAUUCGGCCGAACAAAAUAAAUGCCGCGAUUGGGCUGAAGCCAUAAAACGCUAUCCAAAUAGUGUGCCUGUUGGUCAAUAUAAAUCGUUUGAAUUUAAUUUAAAAUGUGAACAAGCCUCUGAUAAAGAGCAUUGUAUGAACCUCAUCGAAAAUGGACGAGCCCAUCUUGUUACAUUGGAUCCAGGGGAAGUUUUCAUUGCAGGAAGACAUCAUUCUCUUGUACCAAUCAUAGCUGAAAGAUAUGGUUCUACAUUGGAAGAUUAUUAUUAUUCAGUCGCUGUUGUACGAAGAAGCUCAUCAACACACAUAAAAGACAUUCAAGACUUAAAAGGAAAAAAAGCUUGUUUUCCUGGAGUAAAUCAAAUGGCUGGCUGGGCCCUGCCAUUAGCUCGUUUGAUUAAUGACGGAGUACUGGAAGUAAAAGAUUGUAAUAAUAUUGUUAAAACUGCAGCCAAGUUUUUUAACCAAUCUUGCACUCCUAAUGCUCUAAAUGAUAAAAACAAUCCUAGUGGUGAUAACCCUGAAUCUAUUUGUGCUCUAUGUCACUCAAAAUGUUCUGGAUCGGACGAAUAUGCUAAUUUUGAAGGUGCUUUCAAGUGUCUUCUCGAUGUUGGAGAUAUUGCUUUCCUUAAACAUUCCACUGUUCAAUUAAUGUCUUUACGCAAUCAGUAUAGCUUUAGAAAAAAUGAUCUUGAGCUUUUAUGUCCGCAAGGAGGUCGUCGAUCAUUGGACAGUUAUUCAGAUUGUAAUUGGGGUCGUUCUCCGGCUCAUGCUGUUGUCGUUUUUUCUUCUAUGUUACCAGAAGAAAGGAAAAAAGUUCAAGAGUUUCUCAUGCAAUCAAUCCGAGUUUUUAACAUGGCCAGAGAUUAUACAUAUGGUCAAGGAUAUAACAGUGAAAAAAAUUCUGCCUCAUCGUUUGCUUUAGCCGACUAUUUAGCUCCUCAGAAAUACGGAGAUAGAGCAAAUCUCUUAUUUUCAGAUGAUCUCAAUGGCUUUGAGCCAUUAUCUGGGCCUGAUCAAACAUUCCGUAAUUAUUUAAAAAAGGAAAAUUACGAUUUAUUGUCCAAAGAGUUAAAAAAAUGUCCAGUCCCAAGUGCUCGAUUAUGUGUAGUUUCAGCUGUUGAAAUGAAAAAAUGUCAUCAAAUGGUGACAACUUUUCGUGGAGCCUUCUUGCAACCUGUAUUAAACUGCGUUGUUGAACGAAGUGCAAUCGGCUGUAUGGAAGCAAUCCGUCGAGGUCGAGCCGAUCUGGUCAUGCUGGAUGCUGCAGAUGUUUAUCGAGCCGGUCAUCAAUAUGGCUUAGUACCGAUAUUGACAGAAAAAUAUGACCUCACUGAUCCCAGCUAUUAUGUCGUUGCUGUUGCUAAAAAAACUGAUCGUGAGUCAGAUUUAUUUUUCCUCAAAGGUAAAUCAUCAUGCCACACCGGUGUUGGAACCGCUGCAGGCUGGGUAGUGCCAUUAGGUUUCUUGCUGUCUAAUAAUCGAAUGAGAUCUUAUGGUUGUGACUCUCUCACUGCAGCAUCUCAAUUUUUCCAGAAAUCCUGUGCACCGGGCGCUCUUUCACCCGACUAUACAACUUCUGAUUGGGGCCUUAAUAAUCUUUGUGACCUUUGUGCGGGAACAUCGAAAUAUUUCUGUGCUCGUGACGCAAAUGAACCUUUCUAUGGCUCUACCGGUGCUCUCCGUUGUAUUGUAGAGGGAGGAGGGAAUGUUGCUUUUGUUAAACAUACUGCAAUCCUGGAAAAUACUGCUGGUCGGAAUCCUGCUCUUUGGUCUCGUAAUUUAAUUCCAAGUGAUUUUGAGUUAUUAUGUCGAGACGGAACUCGGGCCAGUUACAAUGAAUCAGUUAAAUGUAAUAUUGGUAAAGUUCCUGGUAAUGCAAUGGUUACCAGUCCUUUAAAGCCUCAUCAAUAUAUCACUGCUUAUGUUAAUCUUUUCUUAACUGCUCAGCAAUAUUAUGGAUCAAAAUAUUCCCAUGAUUAUACAUUUAAAAUGUUUGUUUCUGAAGAUGGUUAUCAUGAUUUAAUCUUCAGUGAUGCUACAUCCCAGUUAAUUGCUUUACCUCAGGAUCAACGUAGCUACUCAACUUACCUGAGCCAAGAAUUUAUCAAUUCAAUGAAACUCACUGACUGCACAUCACAUUCCAAUCGUUUUAAUCCGUCCAAAUUAUCAAUCAUUGCCUUAUUAUAUGCAGUUAUUUUAGCAAUUUUCCGUCAAAAUCACUUGUGAUCUGAUUUUUUUCUCAAUUAAUGUUCAAUCAUAAAUUUUACAAAACCCAGCUUUUUCAUAUUCCUAUGUAAUUAUUCCUAACAUCAACAAUCUCACAUUGACAAUGAUAAUUUAAUAUAAAAAUUUGCCAAAAACCA